AUGACAACUCAAAAUUUUUCGAUAGAGGAUUUAGCGAUAUCAUUAAUCGAUAGGUUGGACAGAAGAAACAUCUUCCCACCACAAUAUAAUAAUCCUGAAACAUUUAUUUCUACAAAUACAAAUAAUUUAUCGUUAAGACGACCGAGACGACCUCCUAAUGCUUUUUUACUCUGCAGAAAAAAUGUUCACCAAGAAGCAAAACGUAAAGGAACCUGCAAUAUGCGUGUUAUAAGUAAAGUUACUGGUAUUUUAUGGAGAAAUGCAUCUCCUGAAGAGAAGGGAGUUUAUGAGAGACUAGCCGAUCGGGUAAAUGAAAUUCAUUCUAAAAGAACCACGAUAAUUUAUAAACCGGCCAUAGGCUCCUCUUCCUUUCCAAAUAAAGCUCGAUCUAGUUAUAAACCUUACAUGUAUCCUUCACAGUUAAAUGUACCGUCAGUAGUUCCUUUAAAUGCUCCUUUAUUACUUCCCGUUCCUAACCCAUCACAUUCUAUUACUCAACCUUCAUUAAAUAUUUCUCCCACUUUUGAUCAAGAAGAGCACCUUUUCCAAAACAAUCCAUUAAAUAAUACCAUAAAUCAUUUUAAUCCUUUGGAAUUCAACAAUCAGGUUCCAAAUGAUGAUCAUAAUUUCUUAUCUUUAUUUUAUAAUAGUAUUUUAAUGGCUCCAUCAUCUUUUAGCUAG